AUGGCAUCCUUGUUUGAUCUGGUCAUGCUGCUCAAACUGCUGUUACUAGACUUGACUUGCCACAGCAGAAAGGAAGAAUGCUGCUUGUGUUGGUGCCUUUUGUUUAUCUGCUUGUGUUGGUGCCUUUUGUUUAUCAGUGAGCAGAACUGCAGCUGUUUCCCCUGUCCUUACGAAGACAAACCUUGCCAGCACCACUACCACUCAUGUACAGAGCACGCAAAUUGCUGGUGGUGCUGCUGCUUUUGUUCAAAUGACCCAGGCUGCAAAUGUUGCUGCAGUGGUGGGAAUUCAGCUUGUCAGUAUUAUGAAAGCGGGUGCUGCAGAAACGCUGUCAAUGAACAUCACUCAAGAACACCAGGAGUUAUUAGGUCAAAAGAUGUUGUGUCAAGGUUUAGAACCAGGAACAAUGGGUCUGUCAUUACAGCAGAAAGGAGUGUCUCCAGCCGUGCUUUCCGUGGCCAGCUUGCCUCUCCACUGUGUAAGCAAUUGUUUCUCCAACCAUUUAUGCUGCCACGCAAACACUGCAUUUGUGAGUAUAUAAAUAAAAGCAAGACCAAAGCUGAAAUAAGUGAAAACUCUAUCAUUGUAUGCCCAGUGUGUAGCAAAGCACAUUGCCUCCCAUACAGAAAUAAAAUUCAGCUGAGGAAGAAUUACCUCGGAGCAAAACUAGUCAAGAAACACAUGCACAGAGAUGACUUUCUAAGGAGGAGAUUAGACCACCGUGAAAGACCUGUCUACUGUGAAGCUUGCAGGGAGAGAAGGCCCAAAAGAUGUGGAACGUGCAGAAUCAAUUGUUAUAUAUGUCUGCAUUUAAAUCAUAGUGAGAAUGGUGCUCAGGACCAUAUUUUCACCAAAACUCACCAUAAAGAUCAUGAGUGGCAGUGCUUAGAGCACGGCAAGUCAAACCUCUCUGAACACUGUCUGGAUGACCACAAACUGAUCUGUGGGUUCUGCAAGAACUCACUGCACAAUGAUCACAAGAGUGUUCUCCUGGCAGUCAUGUGUUCAAGACAGGCUGCUUCCCGCUUUGAUACAGUUGAAGAAUUUAGAAAGGUAUGCCAAGGAAUUAAACAUGAUCUAAUGCAAGUUAAUCUGUUAAAAAAACAUUUCAAGACCUAUAAGGACACCAAAAGAAAGGAGAUUAGAAAUGGUUUCUUAAGAUUUGUUCUUUAUGGACAAGAAAAGGAGAUGAUGGAGUUGCUUGAAAACACAGAACUUAAAAAACAAAAAGAAAUAUCAGAAUACAAAUAUACAUCCAGUCAGAUAUCAUAUAUGGAUAGCCUUAUUCAAUACUCUAAAAAGGCUGCUAAGGGGGAAAGCCAAGUUAUGUUUUUGCAAUCUGCACACUGCUUAGUGAAAGAAAUAGAAAAUGCAGUUCCUUCCAUUUUCUAACCUAGUCCACGUCUAAGAGGAGAUCCCCUAAAAAAACUUCAACUCAACUUUGAUGAACUGUUCUCUGUUUUACAGGGAUUGGUCCCAUCCCUUAGCAGAAUAAAGCAGUCAGAAACUAAAGCAAAACAAAUUCUCUAUUCUUUUAACCCAGAGGUAAUGAUUCCAAGGCAUGUUUCCAGUACUCCCAAAUCCAAGCAAGCAAUAUUGUUCCAAAGCUCAUCUUUAAAUUCCUUGUUUGAUUUCAGUGCACUGCCUAAAAACACCGUCAGAAGACCAAGCUCUACGUCCUCAUCAUCCUACACAGAGUAAUGAAGCGUGUGUGUGUACCAGGAUACAGCUUGUGAAACUCCAAGAAAAGAAAGAAAAUAUCAGACUGUUAACUUUUCAUGUCUAGAACUUAUAGACACUGAACCACUCCCAGUUGCAGGACCUGUUAUAUACCAGACCAUUGUUUACUUGAGGUCUUCACAGAUUUACUGGACUUGUCUCACAGAAGCUGUGGAUUUCUUUGAGGUAGAGUUUGAUGAAGUUGCUGGUAUUGGUCCCGAUAACAUUGUCCAGACAGAACUAGCUGGCCAGCUAAGCAAAAACCAGUAUCAGAACCUUGAGAUACAUAGUCUGGAUCCAAAUACAGAAUAUGUUUUUAAAGUCUAUCCUGUCAAUGCAAGUGGUUGAGGAGAAGGAAACAAGAUCUGUAAGAUAGUCAUCUCAGACGAAUAUGGGAAAAUCGAAGACAGGUGGGAGAGUCAGAAGAGUAUUCAGGGUACUUUGCAUACUUCAAAUAGACGAUGA